GCAACCCAACUUCACCAAUUCUCGCUAACGAGACGCUCACUUCACUCUCAUCUCUUCGUUUAUCACACACAAUUACACCUUCACUAUGUGAUUUCCUUCACACAAAAAACCUUAACCGCUUACAAACAAACCCUAACUUCCAUCUGUAACAACGCCAACGUUCUUCAAUUCUCGUAUUGCUACAGUCGGAAGCAAUGGAGAUAGCUGAGGAAGCAGUUAUAGUCAAUUCUAGUAGACUAAAAUCUGUUGUGUGGAAUGAUUUUGAUAGAGUAAAAAAAGGUGAUACUUUUGUGGCUAUCUGUAGGCACUGUAAAAGGAAACUUAGUGGGUCUAGCACCAGUGGGACUUCACAUUUAAGAAAUCAUUUGAUCAGAUGUCGUAGGAGAUCAAACCAUGACAUAAGUCAGUUGCUUACACGGGGAAAGAAAAAGGAGGGAACCCUUGCCAUCUCGAAUUUUAGUUUUGAUCAAGAGCAGAGGAAGGCUGAAGCAGUCAGCAUUGUGAGGACUAAGUUUGAACAAGGGCACACAAGAGAUGGGUUACUCAACAAUGGGAUUAACUUUGAUAAUAGGCGAAGCCGGCUUGAUCUUGCUCGCAUGAUCAUAUUACAUGGCUAUCCUUUGUCUAUGGUUGAACAUAUUGGUUUCCGUAUAUUUGUCAGAAAUCUUCAACCUUUAUUUGACAUUGCAACAUUUGAUGGAGUUGAGGCUGACUGCAGGGAAAUUUAUCUGAUGGAGAGACAGAAAGUAUAUGAAGAAUUGGACAAAUUGCCUGGGAAAAUCAGCCUUAGUGCUGAUACAUGGACUGCUAAUGGCGAUGCUGAAUACUUGUGUUUGACAGCACAUUACAUAGAUGACUCUUGGCAACUGAAAAAGAAGAUUCUGAAUUUUUUAACAACUGAUCCUUCCCAAACAGAAGACAUGCUUUCAGAAGUUAUCAUGACUAGUCUAAGAAAUUGGGAUAUUGACAGGAAAUUGUUUUCUGUGACAUUUGAUAACUACUCGACAUAUGACAAAAUUGUAAGUAGAAUCAGAGAGCAGCUUUGCCAGCACAGGUUUCUUUACUGUGACGGUCAAUUAUUUGAUACACGCUGUGCAGCUAAUGUUGUCAAGUUGAUGGUCCAAGAUACCUUAGAAACAGCAAGCCCGAUAAUCCACAAGGUCCGGGAAAGUAUUCGGUAUGUUCGAAGUUCACAGGCAAACCAGGAAAAGUUCACUGAGAUGGCUCAAAUUGUUGGGGUUGAUUGCCAGAAGUGCUUGAAUCUUGAUAAUUCAUUUUAUUGGAACACAACAUAUAUCAUGAUUGAAACUGCUUUGGAGUACAAAGAUGCAUUUCCCCUUUUGCAAGAACAUGAUUCUGGGUAUGGAAUGUGUCCAUCUGCCACAGAGUGGGAUAGAAUAAGUGCCAUUGCUAGCUUCCUAAAGCUCUUUGUUGAAGUUUCCAGUGUUUUUGCAGGAAGCAAGUAUCCUACUGCAAAUACAUACUUUCCAGAGAUCUGUGAUAUUCAUUUGCAGUUGAUUGAGUGGUGUCAAAACUCGGAUGAUUUUGUUAAUUCUUUGGCUCUAAAGUUGAAAAGCCGAUUUGAUGAGUACUGGAAAAAAUGUAGCUUGGCUUUGGCAAUUGCAGCUAUCUUAGACCCAAGAUACAAGAUGAAAUUGGUUGAAUACUAUUAUCCUCAAAUAUAUGGUGAUAGUGCUCCAGACUGUAUUAAUAUUGUCUCAGAUUGUAUGAAGGCUUUGUAUAAUGGCCAUGCUAUUUACUCACCAUUAGCUCCUAACGGUCAAGCUGAAGCAUCUCAAGUUGGUGGUGCUGGUGCUGGUGCUAAUAAUGAUCGGCUGACAGGGUACGACAAAUUCAUAUAUGAGACUUCACAGAGCAACAACAUAAAAUCAGAUUUAGAUAAAUACUUGGAAGAGCCGCUUUUCCCGAGAAAAGCCGAUUUUAGCAUAUUAAACUGGUGGAAGGUUCACACUCCAAGGUAUCCUAUUCUGUCCAUGAUGGCACGGAAUAUUCUUGGAAUGCCUAUGUCAAAAGCUUCAUUAGAGUUUGUAUUCAACACUGGGAAUAAAGCUCUUGAACAGUAUCGCAGUUCGCUAAGAUCAGAUACCUUGCAAGCUUUGAUGUGUGCCCAGGACUGGAUGCGCGAUGAAUUUGAAGAUUCAAGGGCUUCAUCGAGCACCGUUACUCUGGCCCUAUGCUAUGAUGCAAAAUAAUAGCAAGCUUUGGUUAUGCUUUUGUCAUUCCAGGUUGCCAUUCUUUUGCCUUCUGUGUAUAUUAGCAUCUUCUAAACAGUUUCUCUCCUUGUUAUGUUAAGAUUUUGUAGAAAUUAGUUCAUUUGAAGAUUUUGCUUUCCAGAGCUUCCAUAAGUUGGUGAUAGAAAUCAUUUGCUCUAACUUUAUGCCAAACAUCAGAUGGGAUCUUUUGUUCAAGAAUCUAACAGUUUUUGCCGUGUUAGGCCCCAUCAGUUAACUUA